UGACCCGCCCCCGCGAACCAGAAACAGCAGAUACUGUGACGGAUAGCGCAGGAGAAGAACGCGAGCCUGAGCUGCCGGGAAGUCAGGAGGCAGCCGGAGUCCACGCACUGCGACGACACUUCACCUCUGGCCACGGCAACGGCGAACUGAAGCUACAGAAUGGCGCUGGAUAUCUAUGACUCUCAGUACCUGCUCAUCCUGGCCCCUUCUCUGGUCAUCGCCCUCAUGUUCCUCUUCUUCUGGCUCUUCAUGAAGGAAACCUCCUAUGACGAGGUGCUGGCCAGGCAGAAACGUGACCUCAAGCUGCCACCAUCCAAGCCAGACACCCGUAAGAAGAAUGAAAAGAAGAAGAGCAAGAAGAAGGAAAGCACCAGCGGGGGAGGCAGCGGGGGUAGUGGUGGAGGAGAGUCUGAAGAGGAAAUGCGGGACUUUGAUGUUGCUGAUGGGGUCAACAGUUCCACUCUGGAGGUAGAGGAGGAGCCGGCACCUGUGGCUACGCCAGAUCCUGCUCCACCAACACCUACUCCUCAUGUGCCUGUUGCGGUGUCAAGUGAGCCUCCUGCCGGUCUGAGGGAGAGGAAGAAGAAGGAGAAAAAGGCUGCCAGGGCUGCAGCAGCAGCUGUUGCCGCCGCCGCUGCCAGUGCUGCAGCUACAGCUUCCCCCUCCGAGGGGCCGGAAGUGAAUGGCUCCAAGGUGGUCAGCCGCAAGGUAGAGCAACCUCUGGCUGCGAGCAAACAGUCCAACCCACCUUCUCCCCAACUCGAGGUUCAGAUCCAGGUCCAAGCUACUCAGGCUCCUGUUCAGGCUCAAACACCGCCCCAGAUCUCUGGGAAGAAGAAGGAGAAGAAGAAGCAAAAGGCCGAGCCUGUGGACGACCAGCAGUCAGAGGUUAAAGCAGAGCAGGCUCCUGCACCAGUCAAGAAGGACGCUCCCACUGUAGCUGAAACCAGAGUUCUGGAUGGUGCUGCCCCGAGUGUCACCGCUGGCAAGAAGAAGAACUCUGCCAAGAGGCAAAAGACAGAGCACAUAGAUGACGCCCAUGUUGUGGCUGACUCGGCAGCUUCUUCCAACCACCAGUCUGCCCAAAACGACGAUGUACCAUCCAAAGGGUCUGGCAAGAAACAGAAGAAUGAGACUGACAAAGAGAACGCAGACAUGAAGCUGAAGGAACUGCUGUCUGGUCUGUCCAGCCUGGCGCUAUCAGAAGCCGAGGCCGUCAGUGUGAUGGCCCUCCUCCGAGAGAAGAGUCCUAACGCCUUAGACGCCUGGCACAAAUCUGCAGCCAGGCCCGACCCAGCUGCCCAGGAGAGAGAACGACUCCUGACAACUCUUCAGGAGGAGGCCUCCAUUGCCAAGGACAAAGUGAAACAGCUCAGCCAGGAGCUUCAGGUGGAGAAGCAAAAGACAGGACGGGUGGAGGCCGUGAUGAGGGAGCAGCGUGCAACCAUGGAGAAAGAACUGGGGGGCAUGCAGGCCAAGGCACAGGGCAGCUACCAGGAGCUCCAGACCAUGCAGAUAAAGUUCCAGCAGGUGAGGGAGCAGCUGGAAAGCCAGAUCACUCGACUGCAGCAGGAGAACGGCAUCCUGAGGGACGCGGUCAGCUCCGCCACCAACCUGAUGGAGAGCAAGAAUUCAGCAGAGCUGAACAAGCUACGUUCCGAGUACGCCGGUCUGAUGAAAGAGCUGUCAGACAACAACAGCAAGCUGCAGCAGGAGGAGCACCAGAGGAAGUCACUGGAGGUCAGCUACAAGCAGAAUGUGUCCCAGCUGGAGGCUCAACUGCAAGAUGCUAAGCGGCGCUGGGAGGAACUGCAGAACUUCCUUCACAAUGUCAAUGCAGAGAGAGAGAAUCUUCAGGCCUCUAAGCAAGAGCUCCACAGCCAGCUGCUCUCGGUGGAGACGGAGAUGAACAACAAGAACAAGGAGAUCCAGACCCUUCACGGCAGCCUGACCGAAGCCAUGGUGUCCAAGGAGCGGCUAGAGCAGAGGGUGAUGGAGCUUAUGGAGAUGUCCCAGCACAGCAUGCCCGACAACUCGCUGCAGGUCCAGGUUCAGGAACUUAUGAAUGAAAACAAAGGUCUUCAGGUCCAGAAUGAGACAAUGCAGGUCCAGAAUGAGAAUCUGCAAGUCCAGAUCUCUACACAGGUUACCCACGUCUCCCACAUUGAGGAGCUACAGAAGCUACUUGCUGAAAAGGAGUUGCAGAGGAAGAGUCUGGAGGAUUCUCUAAAUGCCGAGAGGAGCAGUGGGGCUGGUAGAGAAACGAACAUGCAGGCCUUGCACAAUGAGAACAUGUCACUGAAAGCAGAGGUUCAGAAUCUGCAGGCACAGAUUUCUGAUCAGACUGCUUCCCAGAUGGCUUUGGACCAGUUCCAGAAGAGUGUCCGGGAAAAGGAGGAGAACAUGAAAACCGUAGAGGGCCUGCUGGAGAAGGGGUUGAUUGAGGUGGCGAACAAGGAGGAAGAGCUCAAGGUUGUAAGAGAAGAGAAUGAGGCUCUAAAACAAGGAAUCGAGGGCUUUAUGAGAAAGACGGCAGAACAGGCAUCAUCAGAGUCAAUAGUGGAGGAACUCCAGAGCAAGAUCCAAGAGAAAGAUGUGAAGCUAAAAUCAAUGGAGAAGAGUCUACAUGCAUUACAAGACGGCAUCUCUGCCAGAGACAAGGCAGUUGAGUCUUUGGAGCAGCAGUUGGCUGCCCUGCAGGCAGAUACAGAGCAGCUGAGACAGAAGGAGAUGCAGGAAGAGGCGACCAGUUCUGGUCCUCACCUCCAAGAACUCCAGGCUGACCUGGCGGCGAAGGACCAGCAGAUCCAGAUGCUGCAGGCUGAGCUGGAGGCACGGACUCAGGAGAUGAGCGAGAAGAUGGAGCAGCAGUCACACACAGCAGUACCAAACCCAGAGCUUCUUACAGCGUUGUCAGAGAAGGAGAAGCAGGUGUCUGAUCUACGGGGUGAGGUGGCUGAGCUGAGCGACUCCCUGGAGCUUCAUAGGAAGAAGAAUAACGAGCUCCGGGAGAAAAACUGGAGUGCAAUGGAAGCUCUGUCAGCCACCGAGUCCAUGCUUCAAGGGAAACUCAGCAAAGCUGUCAAGGAGAACCAGACCGCACUGGCAACGGCUCAGGCCGAGUGUCGAGAUAUUCUGCACAGACUUCUGCCCCAUGUGCCUCUGCCCACGGAACAGAACCAUCAGGAGUGGCUUCACAAAUUUGGGAAGGCAGUAGCUGAAAACCCCGCUGCACAGUCCAACCCUGCAUCAGGGGACUCUGAGGGACUGGCUGACAAGCUGAAAGAAGCUGAAGAAACACAGAAGAUCCUACAGAAAGACUGUGAGACGUACAAGAAGGUUUUGGCAGAGACGGAGGGCAUCCUGCAGCGCCUCCAGAGCAGCGUGGAGCAGGAGGAGUCUCGCUGGAGGGUGAAGCUGGAGGUAGCACAGGGAGAGCUCAGAGAGAUGAGCCAGAAAGUCACAGCUCUGGAGCAGGAGAGUGAGAGAAUAGCUGAGGGAGCCGAGUUGGAAAAUCUGAGAAGAGAAAAGCAGCAUUUGGAGUCCGAGUUGGAGAGGGCGGAGCAUGAGAGCGCCACGUAUGUGACGGAGGUCAGAGAGCUCAAAGAUCUGUUGACUGAAUUGCAGACCAAACUUGAUGGCUCAUAUACAGAGGCUAUCAGACAGAAUGAGGAGCUGAAUUUGCUGAAAACUCAGCUCACUGAGACUCUGUCCAAGCUGGCGGCCGAGGAGAACGAGAGGCAAAGGGUGGCUGGUGAUUUGUAUAAGGCCCAGCAGUCGCUUGAUCUGAUCCAGGGGGAGCUCUCGAACGUGACAGACAAUGCCGAUGACCUGAUAGAGAACAGCAGUCCGUCAUCACAGAGGGAGGAGAUGGAAAGAAAGGAGAAGGUGACUGCAGGACUGAACCAAACGGUCCGAGAACUACAGCAGUUGCUACAAGGGGUCAGCCGGCAACUCACCAAGCGACAGGAAGGGGAGGCUUACAAAGAUCUGCCCGAGGUAUAGGGAGAGGAGGAUUGACCCCCCCCCCCCCCCCCCCCCCCCAUGCAGCCACACUGACUGCAGUACAGAGACCACCUUUGACCUUUGGUCUCAUCACUUACCACCAUUACACCAUACUGUCACACCAAGCCACCACCCCCUCCAAACUUCCCCUCACCUCACCGGUACCGUCGGCAGCCUCUAACUGACUCUUGCCAAGGCCCUGGCGAACCACUCCCAGACUCCCUGUUGGCCGUUAGGCAGCAGGCAGAGGUCACUGUUCAAUUCCAACACUGUACCAAAACACACCACUCCGACCCCGCCACAUUCCUCUUCUUCAGCACCAUAGCCGGUUAAUUUUUAUUCUAAACUCAAGACGACAUCCAGCAUAAUUUCAAACUGCGUGGUAAUCAUUCCUCUUUAAAACACCUGUGUUUUUCAAUGAAGUCUUUUGUUGAAUCUUGCAGUAGUUUUUGUUUUUUGUCUUAAGAGGGCAGUGAUACAGAUUUCCAACUUGACUAAACAAACUUUGGUUUUCAGUCCUUUUUUUGUUAACUUAAAGAUAUGUAUUGUUUAAGUGUACCAUUAGGACCUGCUGAAACACUGUUGUUGAUGUAUGCUGUUUCCUGGUCAGAAAACUGUCACAACUUGUGCGUCAUCGUGCAUUCAUGAAUUCAUCGCUCUGAGCCAAGGUGCAUACCUUGGCUCAGUAUUGGGUGGGAGAGGGAGAUCAGUUGGGGUCUCAGCAUAUCAGACAGGUCACUACGUGACUGUAACUAUGGAGAUGCAUAGACAAACUGCAGUCACCUCUAAACUCCAGCUCCAGAGAGACAGGAGUCUGAGGCCCCGGCUGUGGAAGGUCCAGGUCAACAGUGUAGAGGUUUUUUUUAAUCUUACUGCAACUACUCUAGGAAUAAGCGACCCAUAUCAUCUGUAAUCAACACUUGCUAUAUUAUUGCUAAGUUCAUUAACACUGAAGAAUUUGUUCUUUUUGUAACAGGUGAUGUUAAUAAAAAGGGAUGCUUGAUAAAUCUG